GAUAAAUACUCAGACCGGGAUAACUCUGCGAUGUUAGCAGCCGUUACGUAUUUGUGCACAGUUUUAUACGUAGUACGUGGAGAUGAUAAUCUUUGUGCUUCGGACUAUAAAUAUGCAAAUGAUAUUAAUAAAGCAAUUAAUAUUACGCAGUCAUGUAAUGGUAAAUUACCGUGCAUAGCCAAAUGCUGUCCGGUCAACCAGAUUUUAGCAUAUGAUGAAACCACUGAAUCAUAUUCGUGCUUAGACACGGCAAACGUAACAAUUUUAUACAACUUUACUCAGCUAAAUGACUAUUCUGAUGUUGUAUUUUAUGAGAAUGACGUAAAAAAAUACAUACGCGAGUCUACAUUAAAGCUGGAGAAUUUUACAAUAAUAUAUAACGAUGGUUUUCUGUUCAAUUACGUAUGUUCUAUAGACAUAGAAGAAUCGUUUCCGAAACCAAUCCAUAAAGUUUAUAUUUUAGAGAGCGGCGGUGCAGUAAUAAGACGCCUAAAUUAUUUUACCCAAUGGUUCCUCGACUUGUCACCGGGUUAUGUUUGCAUCGAGCACCAGAUCGGCUUACAGGCCGAUGGCAAAAUCUCGAAACCCGAGUUGGUAAUCAGAAUGCGGUUAGGUGGAAAAGAAGAAGAAAAAACAUUUGACAAAAGUACAUUAACUGCCAGUUGCAUGCUGGUCUCAUGCGUGUUCCUGGUGCUGGUGCUGGCGGUCUACGUGCUGCUGCCGGAUCUGCACAACCUGGCGGGCUUGAUGAUGAUGACUUACGUGUCUUCUCUCACCGCAACAUUCUUGAUCAACGCCGUGCAAAUUCUUCUUAUCAAUUACGCCUCCAUAUCGAAGGCAACGUGCGUAUGGAUAGGUAUUCUAGCGCAUUAUACUGUGGUGGCGAGUUUUACUUGGAUGAAUGUCAUGUCCUUCGACAUCUGGUGGUCAAUGAGGGGUUUCCGUAAGAUGCGUCAGAUCCACCGGCGCGGCGUCCUGGUGAAGUUCGGAUGGUACAGCCUGUACGGAUGGGGCGCUCCGCUGCUGCUUAUCCUCUUUAUGAUCAUUGUCGAGAACCAAGACUUAACUCAUCUGCCGGAUUUCGUUAAACCCAACUAUAUGCACGGAAUGUGUUUUAUCGGAGAGGAAGAACGGCUGUUGUACUUGUACUGCCCGGUCUUAAUCUUGACCUGCAUCAACAUUAUGUUGUUCCUGAUGACCGCGUACAACAUAUGGCGCAUCAAGCAUGGUGUGACUCAGCACAACGCUGGCAACAGCCGGAGGAACAAGAAGGAUGAGACCAGAUUUGGCAUCUACUUUAAUCUAUCACUCGUUAUGGGCCUCAACUGGAGUCUGGAAGUAGGAAGUGUCUUCAUCGAAAAGGACUCCGUGUUUUGGUACGCUCCAGACAUCUUUAACUCGCUCACCGGACUGUUCAUAUUUAUAAUAUUCAUUUGCAAGCGGAGCAUUAUCAUCCAACUCAGUAAAAGAUUCGGCAUUGAAAAUGAUUUUAUACGGAAAUGGCAGCCGGUUGACUCAACCAAUACAGAUAGUACGCGGUUAAACAGUAGAAAUAGAAGCAGCAGAAGAAAAAUCCUAGACUCUGAAACGGAUGCAAGUGAUGUUGACAAUCAAGAGAAAAAAUACUAUGUCGACCAUGGAGACUUGAAAUUGAAUAAUAAAGUGGCUUUUUAG